GAAAAAGAGACCUUCCGCCAGCGAAUUGGCCCAGUAUCCAUUCGGCCGUGUUCCCAUAAUGUCCGCCAGCGGUCGUCGCUUCUGUCGCAGCCGUUGCCAAAGUUGUCAUUGUCAUCCGUACCAGCAAACGCAGCAGCAAAAGCAGCAGCAGCAACAUCAAGCAGCAGCAGCAACUAGCAACUAGCAGCCACAUUCGCAGCAGCAACAUCUAUAGGAGAAGCGGAGCAGCAGCAGCUUAAAAAUACAUUUUUCACAAUGAAGCAAGCGAGCGGAGGCAAGAAAAAAAAUUAGUGCCCGAGAAAAUUAGUUUUUCAAGAAGAAAUACAAAAAUAACAAAAAGAGCGAGUGAGAGGGAGAGGGGCAGAAAAGCCGAGAGAGUGAGAUAGAGAGAGAGAGAACAAUGGUCGAUGGGGUUUUGCGGUUGGUGGGGCUCUGUUCUUCGGUUUUCGCUUCCCAAUACAAAAGUCGCUGGUGGAAAAUACAAAAAGAAGGAAAAUACAAAUGGCACGCGCGUU